CUUGGCUGGGGAGUUAUUUGACGCCGCCGCCCCUGGCAGUCGGAAGUUGCUUGAGCAGAGCCCAGCCGGCCGGCCCGACUGGCCUUCGUCAUCCCCCGGCGCCCUGGGAGACUCGCUGACGGGUGGACAGACCGACCGCCUGAGGACGGCCGGCCCGGACGGUGAAAGCGCUGGCCCUAUGGUGCGGGUCGCGUGAGGCCGAAGGCCGAGAGCGGCCGGCGGCGGCGGCGGUGGCGCCCGCCCCAGCGAUGCGGGCCCCGCCCGUCGCCUCAGGUGCCAUUUGGAUAGUACUUUAGCGGCACGAUGUACUCUGAGUGGAGGUCACUACAUUUGGUGAUUCAGAAUGAUCAGGGCCAUACCAGUGUGCUGCACAGCUAUCCAGAGAGUGUUGGGCGAGAGGUGGCGAAUGCUGUGGUCCGUCCUCUAGGGCAGACGUUAGGUACCCCUUCAGUGGCUGGCAGUGAGAGUUUGUUAAAAACUGACAAAGAAGUAAAAUGGACUAUGGAAGUAAUUUGCUAUGGACUGACUCUUCCAUUGGAUGGAGAGACUGUAAAAUACUGUGUUGAUGUAUAUACGGAUUGGAUUAUGGCUUUAGUGUUGCCGAAAGAUUCUAUUCCAUUGCCAGUUAUUAAAGAACCUAAUCUAUAUGUUCAAAGUAUACUAAAACACCUGCAAAAUCUUUUUGUACCAAGACAGGAACAGGGUUCCAGUCAGAUCCGACUAUGCUUACAAGUCCUGAGAGCCAUUCAGAAACUGGCCCGUGAGUCAUCUACCAUGGCCCGAGAAACCUGGGAAGUCUUACUGUUGUUUCUUCUGCAGAUUAAUGACAUACUUCUGGCCCCGCCAACUGUUCAAGGUGGCAUUGCUGAGAAUCUGGCAGAGAAGUUGAUUGGUGUUCUCUUUGAGGUGUGGUUACUAGCUUGUACUCGGUGCUUCCCAACACCUCCUUAUUGGAAAACAGCCAAGGAAAUGGUGGCUAACUGGAGGCACCACCCAGCAGUGGUGGAGCAGUGGAGCAAGGUCAUCUGUGCACUCACUUCCAGAUUGCUACGCUUUACCUAUGGUCCUUCAUUUCCUCCAUUUAAAGUUCCCGAUGAAGAUGCCAGUCUGAUCCCUCCAGAAAUGGAUAACGAGUGUGUUGCACAGACAUGGUUUCGCUUUUUACAUAUGUUAAGUAAUCCUGUGGAUUUGAGUAACCCAGCUAUUAUAAGCUCUACCCCCAAAUUUCAGGAACAGUUCUUGAAUGUGAGCGGAAUGCCGCAAGAAUUGAAUCAGUAUCCCUGCCUUAAACAUCUGCCUCAAAUAUUUUUUCGUGCCAUGCGUGGAAUCAGCUGUCUGGUGGAUGCAUUCUUAGGCAUUUCUAGACCCCGAUCAGACAGCGCUCCCCCAACACCUGUGAAUAGACUAAGUAUGCCUCAAAGCGCUGCUGUCAGUACCACCCCACCACAUAACCGGAGGCACCGGGCUGUUACUGUGAAUAAGGCCACCAUGAAGACAAGCACAGUUAGUACUGCUCAUGCCUCAAAAGUUCAGCACCAGACAUCCUCCACCUCUCCUCUGUCAAGUCCAAAUCAGACUAGUUCAGAACCCCGGCCACUGCCUGCCCCUCGGAGACCAAAGGUUAACAGCAUCUUGAAUCUCUUUGGAUCAUGGUUAUUUGAUGCAGCAUUUGUUCACUGUAAACUUCAUAAUGGGAUAAACAGAGACAGCAGCAUGACUGCCAUUACAACACAAGCUAGCAUGGAGUUUCGACGGAAAGGGUCACAAAUGUCCACAGACACCAUGGUUUCCAAUCCUAUGUUUGAUGCAAGUGAAUUUCCUGAUAACUAUGAAGCAGGAAGAGCUGAGGCUUGUGGGACACUGUGUAGGAUUUUUUGUAGCAAGAAGACUGGAGAAGAGAUUCUGCCAGCUUAUUUAUCCAGAUUUUACAUGCUUUUAAUUCAAGGUUUGCAGAUAAAUGAUUAUGUGUGCCAUCCUGUCUUGGCCAGCGUUAUUCUAAACUCCCCUCCUUUGUUCUGCUGUGACUUGAAAGGGAUUGAUGUUGUGGUUCCUUACUUUAUUUCAGCUCUUGAAACCAUUUUGCCUGACAGAGAACUCUUAAAAUUCAAAAGCUAUGUAAAUCCAACAGAAUUGAGAAGAUCUUCCAUUAAUAUCCUACUUUCUUUGUUGCCCCUCCCUCAUCAUUUUGGCACAGUCAAAUCAGAGGUGGUCCUGGAAGGAAAGUUUAGUAAUGAUGACAGCUCUUCUUAUGAUAAACCAAUAACUUUUCUAUCCCUGAAGUUGAGACUUGUGAAUAUACUAAUAGGUGCCUUGCAAACGGAAACGGACCCAAACAACACCCAAAUGAUACUAGGGGCAAUGUUAAAUAUUGUUCAAGAUUCAGCACUUUUAGAAGCCAUUGGUUGCCAAAUGGAGAUGGGUGGUGGAGAAAAUAACCUGAAGAGUCAUAGUCGCACUAAUAGUGGUAUUAGUUCAGGAAGUGGUGGAAGCACAGAGCCCACAACUCCCGACAGUGAAAGACCUGCUCAAGCUCUCCUACGGGAUUAUGCUCUUAAUACAGAUUCGGCUGCUGGGCUCCUGAUUCGCAGCAUUCAUCUCGUCACCCAAAGACUCAACUCCCAGUGGCGGCAAGACAUGAGCAUAUCACUGGCAGCUCUAGAACUCCUCUCUGGCCUGGCAAAGGUAAAGGUGAUGGUUGACUCAGGAGACCGGAAGCGAGCCAUCAGUUCUGUGUGCAGCUACAUUGUGUACCAGUGCAGUCGGCCAGCUCCACUUCACUCCCGGGAUCUGCACUCCAUGAUAGUGGCAGCCUUUCAGUGUCUCUGUGUCUGGCUGACAGAGCACCCUGAUAUGCUAGAUGAAAAGGACUGCCUUAAGGAAGUACUGGAGAUUGUGGAACUGGGUAUCUCAGGAAGUAAGUCCAAGAACAGUGAGCAAGAGGUCAAGUACAAAGGAGACAAGGAGCCAAACCCUGCAUCUAUGAGGGUAAAGGAUGCUGCUGAAGCCACCCUAACAUGUAUUAUGCAGUUGCUUGGUGCAUUUCCUUCACCCAGUGGCCCUGCCUCUCCUUGUAGUCUGGUGAAUGAGACCACUUUGAUUAAAUACUCCAGGCUGCCAACUAUAAACAAGCAUAGUUUCCGGUACUUUGUCUUGGAUAACAGUGUCAUCCUGGCAAUGCUGGAGCAACCUCUUGGAAAUGAACAGAAUGAUUUUUUCCCCUCUGUCACUGUGCUGGUCCGGGGAAUGUCUGGAAGACUUGCUUGGGCACAACAGCUUUGCCUUUUACCCAGAGGUGCAAAAGCAAAUCAGAAGCUUUUUGUGCCUGAACCUCGCCCAGUUCCUAAAAAUGAUGUUGGAUUUAAAUAUACUGUGAAACAUCGGCCAUUUCCUGAAGAGGUGGACAAGAUUCCUUUUGUGAAAGCAGAUCUGAGCAUUCCAGAUUUGCAUGAAAUUGUCACUGAAGAAUUAGAAGAAAGACAUGAGAAAUUAAGAAGUGGAAUGGCCCAGCAGAUUGCUUAUGAAAUACACCUUGAGCAACAGAGUGAGGAGGAAUUGCAGAAGAGAAGUUUUCCUGAUCCUGUUACAGAUUGCAGGCCCCCACCUCCUGCCCAGGAAUUCCAAACAGCCCGCCUUUUCCUCUCACACUUUGGAUUUUUGUCCUUAGAAGCAUUGAAGGAACCUGCAAAUAGUCGUCUACCUCCUCACCUUAUUGCACUUGAUUCCACGAUACCUGGAUUUUUUGAUGACAUUGGGUAUCUGGAUCUCUUGCCGUGUCGUCCUUUCGACACAGUUUUUAUUUUCUAUAUGAAACCAGGUCAGAAAACGAACCAAGAGAUUUUAAAGAAUGUGGAGUCUUCCAGAAACGUUCAGCCACAUUUCCUAGAAUUUUUGCUCUCCCUUGGCUGGUCAGUAGAUGUGGGCAAACACCCUGGUUGGACUGGGCAUGUUUCCACCAGUUGGUCUAUUAACAGUUGUGACGAUGGCGAAGGACCUGAACAAGAUGAAGUGAUUUCCUCUGAAGAUAUUGGGGCUAGCAUUUUCAAUGGACAGAAGAAGGUGCUGUAUUAUGCGGAUGCCCUUACGGAAAUAGCUUUUGUAGUUCCUUCUCCUAUGGAGUCCUUAACUGUGCCCCACUCCAACUCAACUUCCUCCUAUUUCUUGAUAUUUGGGAUUUGGGGGGAGGGGGAUGAUGGCCGUAUCUUCUUCUGCACACCCACCCCCACCUUCUUCCUUACACAGCUCAGUCCCAGUUCCAGACUGAAGAAACUGCCUCAGGGUCGCCCCGUGCCUCCUCUCGGACCUGAGACAAGAGUUUCUGUCGUCUGGGUGGAACGCUAUGAUGAUAUAGAAAACUUUCCCCUCUCAGAUCUGAUGACAGAGAUCAGUACUGGUGUGGAAACUACUGCAAACAGUAGCACUUCUCUGAGAUCUACGACUCUUGAGAAAGAAGUUCCUGUCAUAUUCAUCCACCCUUUAAACACUGGAUUAUUCCGGAUAAAAAUUCAAGGAGCCACUGGAAAAUUUAACAUGGUUAUCCCUCUUGUGGACGGGAUGAUAGUCAGCAGACGUGCUCUUGGCUUUCUGGUGAGGCAGACUGUAAUUAACAUAUGUAGAAGAAAGAGACUCGAGAGCGACUCCUACAGCCCACCACACGUCCGCCGGAAACAGAAAAUCACCGACAUUGUCAACAAGUACCGGAACAAGCAGUUAGAGCCAGAGUUUUAUACUUCACUUUUCCAGGAGGUUGGGCUCAAGAACUGCAGUUCUUAGACCACUGUCUGUCUAGGACUAUUGAACUUCAGUUUGGGGACUAUGAUAUCAAAGCAAAACAGUUUGAUAGGUGAUCACUGUAAAAAUAAAAACAAAUCACUUCCUAAGAGCUUACUGUUUAAUCACCAGAAUAGAAGAAACACAUUAUAAACCCAUUUGAUAGAAGACUUUCGGCUUUCUAGUGAAAUGGGCUCCCAGACACAAUCAUACUCCUGCUGGUAAUGACGAUAUACAUUUUAACCAUAAACUUUCUUUUAAAAGUGACAAUUUUAGUUAAAUACAAGCCUUUUGAGGAGAAAGGCUUUUAUGCAUCUCAGUUAAACACACACAUUGGUAGUAUCAACAAAUUUGCAAAUUAGAAGUUGAAGAUAGUUUUAUACCUCACUUUUUAGGAGGUUGUAUUCAGAAUUAAAAUCUGUCUCAGAAUCUUUCAGGACAUUUAAAGACUCGCGUUGCUAGCAUGGAGGAGAAGGAACAAGUCUCAACCUUCUGCUCACUGGUAGGUCCAUUUGUCAUCCAGCUGUCACACCGACAAAAAGAAAAGAACAUAAAUGUUUUUUGCUCAGAUAAGAAGACAUUAAAAUAUUUCAUAUUUUUUCUCCACACUUCAAAAAGUUGUCAUUCUCAUCGCUGUGCAGAUCUGUCUGAAGCCCCAGUUUCUGGAUGACCUAAAAUGGCAUGGCCCUGUCCUUUAAUGGGGAUGCAAAUGAAGUUUGUGGGGUUAACAGUUA